CCUCCAUCUAUUUCCUGCCAAAGUCCUGGAAUAAUAUACAACAACAGCUAAGAUAUGUCUCUUCUUGUCAUCUACAACCCUGCAUCCGGAGACCGGUCAGCAAAGCAAUUCUUCGAGGAGCAUGUUAUACCUCUUCUGCACCAGCACGACAAGAAUCCCACCAACAUCGCGUCUACCGAACGCGCAGGCCACGCCGGAGAACUUGUCAAAUCCCACAUUGCCGCCCACCCGGGACCGGUCACAGUAAUUAUCGGCUCCGGGGAUGGCACCGUCCACGAAAUCGUCAACGGUCUGCCUGAAGCAGCAGCCACCAGAGUAGACCUGGUCAUCGUCCCGCUCGGAACAGCCAACGCGCUCUACUCCUCCCUCUUCCCCCCCUCCGGCGCCGACCAAGACCCCACGUCCUACCGCCUCAAAGGCCUAUCCGCCUUUCUCACCAGCGCCCCUCCAAAGCCGCUCACCCUCGCAAAGACGACGCUUUCCUCCUCGUCCACCGUCUACUCUGCCGUCGUCACCUCCACCGCCCUCCACGCCUCCAUCCUCCACGACUCCGAAGCCCUGCGCGCAUCCAUGCCCGGCAUCGAGCGCUUCAAAGCCGCCGCCGCGCAGAACAUCACACGCUGGUACCGCGCCUCCGUCACCUUGCACCCCCCAAUCUCCAUCUACGACCCCACCGCCGCCGCGCUUACCCCGCGCGCGCAGGAGCCUACCACCCUGCACGGCCCGUUCGCGUACUUCCUCUCCACCGUCAACGUCGACCGCCUCGAGCCCCUCUUCCGCAUCACCCCCCUCGCGGCCUCCUCGCCCCCCACCGCACCCGCACUCGACCUCGUCGUCGUGCGCCCCCUGCGCGACCCCGCCGUGUCGUCCGACUCGGCCGACGACAGGGAGGUGUUUGCGCAAAAGGCCGGCCGCGUGCUGGGCGAGGCCUACAAUAACGGGAACCAUGUCAAUCUGCGGUACGCACCCGACCGGCAGCCCGUCACGGAGGGGGAUGGCGAGACGGUCGUCGAGUACUUUCGCUGCGCCAGCUUUCAGUGGGUGCCGGAGGGCGCUGAUGAUCGUGCACACCUGUUGUGCGCCGACGGUGCGAUCUUCAACAUUGCGCAGUCAGGAAAGGCUUCCUGUGUAGCGACCUCAUCCACCGACAACGGGAUCACUUUCUCAGUCUAUGCUUGA